AUGUCGUUUAUUGUUAAUGAUGUGAAUAUCUACGAUGAAUUUCUCCAAGGAUUAAAUCAUUCAGAAUGUGAUGAUGUAGUCAUCAAUGAAAUCGACCGAAGAACAUCUCAGAGAACUGUAUCGGGUCGAUGGGAAGAAAAAAAAAAUAUAAAACAUUUAAACUGGAAGAAGAGUGAUUUCGUAAGGUUGGGUGGUCUGUUUGCUUUGGCUUUCAACUCACUUUUUUUCGUGGAAUUUAUGAGAUUUCUUAUUGGGAAAUAUUGA